GCUGUCUCUUUGGAGGUCAGAGCGUUGGCCGCAGUCGCAGCAAAAACAAAUCAAGAAAAAAAACUGCUGACGCUGUUGCAAAUAUUUUGCAUAAAAUGCGCCAGAGUCGAACAAUUGUCAAUCAGAAGUGAAUCUAGAUUCCAGAACAGUAGAAAGAUGGCUUGCAACACAACUACACGACUGAUGGCAGUGCUGCUGGUAUUGCUGGCUGCAAUUGUCUGGGAGCAGCAGGUGGCGGCCAGCAAGUUUGCCUACAAGAAACCCAUCUACGGCAAGACCAGCUAUGUGAAGGAUCGUCGCUAUAAGAUGCGCACAACAAGCAGCCCGGACACAACAGAGGAUGAUUGGCCGGCGCCCGUGGAGUUCAUCAUUAAUAGCACGCCCAGAAGCGCAGGAACAUCGCGAUCCACGACAGAGUCAGGCAUCAGCAGUACUCCAAGUCCUGCCACGUCCACAACAGAGAUGCCAGGGAGCACCAGAACUGUGGCUACUUCCACAGAUAGCACCAGCAGCAGCAGCAGUAGUAGCACUAGUACCACAGAGUCAGGAUUAGACAACACGUUGCCAUCACCACCGACACCCGCAGCCGCGGUGCCAUUGAAUCAACCUGUGCCCUGCACCUGCGGCGUAUUCCUCUCUUCGCAGAUCAAGAAUGGUCUCCCCGAUACGCCGCUCAUUCACAAUGAAAUGGAUCGCAUGUAUCCCUGCAAUGCCAUUGGACGCAAACAGUGUCAGACAAAGUGCCUGGAGGCGAUUGUACAACACUUGCCCAACUCGGCGAACAUUGUGUGCGCCACGCUGGGACACAACUGCCACAAGGAGCGGGCCUAUCUCUUCAUCAAGAACUGUCAUAAUCAAUGGGUGAAUACGAAUCUGCAGGCUGGUCGUGAGUAUUGCUGCAAGGAGGGCGUGCCCUAUCGUUGUCCACUGCUUGGCUGAGCGGUAUUUGCCAUACAAUACUUAAUAACAGCUAUCUGUCCAACUGCAAUAAAUGAGCGUAAUAAAAUCAAUGUUUGAAAAAUGUAAAC